AUGCCCUCCAGAAACAGCCGCCGUGGCAUCCACCCACCCGUUUCCCCCGUCCAACCCCCUUCGUCAGUCUACUCACAACAGUCCCAGCCAUCAAUCCCCGUCUCGCUGCCCUCAUCCGCCUCAGGCAAAAAUGCAGGCGCAGGCACAUAUGCCCAGUGCCCAUCCAUGAUCGGCCCGUCCCGGCCCCGCCCCUCUUCCUCCGCCUUCUUCCACGGCAUGGCAGUAUCCCCGGCUCCAGGUUACGGUGGGCUGGGUGGUUACGACGGGACAUACGACCACCACCUCCCUCCCUCCCCAGCCCCGUCUCAAAUGCCCUUUCCCAUCCAACAACCCCGCGGCUUCUUUCCCAAUGCCACCAACGGCGCCGCCGCUGCUAUUGACCACGAUAACAACAACAACAACGGCAACAACAACAACCUACGCACCAAGACAGAGGCUGACAAACCCAAGUCCAAGGCAAGUAUUACCUUCAAGACCAAGACCAAGACCAAGAGCAUUACCGGUACAAAGAACCAGGUCCUCAAAGUCAACCCCUCCACCCUCUCCACCAACGCAAAGGUAGGUAUCUUCUUGAUGGGCACGACGCCCAAGAAACUGGAGAAGGCCGCGCUGGCGCUGCAGGUGAGGAGGAGGUGGGAGAGGGCGGAGAAGAAGAGGGCUCGGAGGGAGCGGAAGCGUGGUGCCGGUGCGGGUGAUGGCCGUAGUGGGCAUGAGGAGGGGCAGGAGGCUGAUGGGGGUUAUGGUGAUGAUGAAUGGGAGGUGGAGGAGGGUGGGGAGUGGCAAGGGAAGGAGGAGUGGUGA